UCUGUUAAUAUAUCAAUGGACCGGGCCUGCACCGCAUGUAGAUAUUAAUGGUUCAUUCUAAGGAGGGGGGAGGAACUGUGGUGUUCAUGAGCUCAUCUGUGCCAGACGAGUCUCUCCUGAGCUUCUGGGUGUCCUGUCUUCCAUUGCAGCCUUCAUGGCGUUGAUGGCUCUGUUUUUUCUUUACCUCAGCAACAAGCUGUCAGUGGAGAGUCCUGGCGAUCUGUCACAUCUCGGUGGCUAUAAGAACAACCAGCCAGUGCCUCUGAUGAGCUAAUCUAGUGGUCAGCGUGGUGACAGGAUCCCCGACUGAGAGAUGGCCUUCUUCAAGAGCUUCCAGCAGAACCUCCCAUCUGUCAACAUUUCCUCUGUCCUGGAUGCCGUCACCAGUCGCGUGGACGACCUGGCCAACGCCGUCAGUGACGUCACUUACGCUGUCAGCGACCAGCUGACUGAGCAGGUCACCACUAUAAUCAACAAGGUGCAGGACGAGGAAGAUGGUGAGAACGCCGGCGGCCAGGAGUCUGGUCAGACGUCCACGGCACAGGAAGGAGGAAGCAAAGCCAGCAACACGUCCUCAAAGACCAACCAGUCCAGUGAAACCAAAGAGGCAGAGUGCGCCCAGAGCCAGCUGGAGUGGGAAUGGAGGGACGGGUGCUGGCGAGUUAAAAAGACAGAGGCUGAGUUGGCAGAGGAAGAGAAGAGGAAGCAGGAGGAGAAGGAGCUGCAGGAGAAGAAAGAGCAGAGGAGGAGAGAGAGGAGAGAAAAGCAGCUGGAGAAAGAGGCAAAGAAAAACAAAGAGGAAUCCCAAGACAGAGAGAAAGAGGAGGGAGGUGAUGCUUCAGAGAAAACAGACACCAGUAAUGGACGAGACAGGAAGGCGAGUGACAGUGGAGAGCACGCCAUCGCUCAGCCAAGAGGUGAUGACUGCGACAAAGCCCCUCCAUCACCUGGUCCUGACACUGAAAGCGGGUCAGCAAAACAGAAUAAGCAAACAGAGGACAGAGAGGAAGAGGAAGAGAAAAGCCUGGAGAGAGAAGGAGAUGAUGAGGAGGAGGCUGAGCUCUCUAGAUCUUCCUCAACGGUAAAAAAGAAAAAGUCAGACAAGAAGAAGAAGAAGAAAGAAGCAAAAGAGGGUUCAAAGAAAUCUGAUGAAGCCUCGGACGUGGAGAAGAAGAAGGAGAAAGGGAAGAAAAGCAAGAAGAAAAAGAAAGGAAAAAAAGAGGGAGUUUUAUCAGACAGCGAGGAGGACAAAGGCCCCGAGGCUGUGGCCCAGCAGAACACGACUUCUGCGUGGAGCAACAAACGCAAACAGUCUGCUGAGCAGGGAGGCUACAGCAGUGAGGCCUCCAGUGGGCGAGCCAACAGCAUCCAGAGAAUUAAGAAGGAGUCGUCCCUCAGUGAGACUCAGCCUCCACCGUAUCAGGACGAGGGCUCGGCGGUACGCGUGUCCUCUCGGUCCCGCUCAGAGCGAGGGGUCAGGAGGGGGUCGUCCCCACAGCGCUGCGACAGCCCCCGCUGCUCCAGUGAGGCCAGCGUGGAGCAGGACACUGAGAGCUACCUCAACAAAGGCUGCGAGGAGGACAUUCCCAGUGACAGCACCGCUGUGCUGGGACCAGAGGACGGCUCCGGUCCUCGCCUCCCCACAGCCUACGAGCCAGAGCCACUCGCCAAAUACGGCACCCUGGACGUCGCUUUUGAAUAUGACUCUGGUGAGCAGUGGUUGGCUGUCACGGUCACUGCGGCAACAGACAUCCCUGCUCUCAAACAGACGGGCAACAUCGCGUGGCAGGUCCACCUGGUCCUGCUGCCCACCAAGAAGCAACGGGCCAAGACGGGCGUGCAGAAGGGCCCGUGUCCUGUCUUCACGGAAACAUUCAAGUUUUCCAGGGUGGAACAGGAGGCCCUGGGGGACUACGCUGUGCGCUUCCGACUGUACAGCAUCAGGCGGAUGAAAAAGGAGAAGGUCCUGGGAGAGAAGGUGUUCUACCUGACUAAGCUCAACCUGCAGGGCAAGAUCGCUCUGCCUGUCACCCUGGAGCCGGGCUCUGAACUUACAGGUUGUGGCUCUGUGGUGAGCGUGUCUCGCAGUGCAGGAGCUCUGUCCUACCGCUCCACUGAAGACUCCUCCUUGCCAGAGAUCCUCCUGGGUCUCAUCUACAACUCUGCCACGGGACAGCUAUCAGCUGAGGUCAUCCAGGGAAGCCACUUUAAAACCACAGCGUCGGAUAAACCUGUCAACGGUCUGUUCUGUUGUAUAAAACACUUUGUCGGGGGGCAGCUUUAUAUCAUGAGAGACACCUACGUGAAGCUGACCAUGCUGGACUCCAAGGGGAAAGAGAUGUCCAAGUGCAAGACGGCCGUGUGCCGCGGCCAGCCCAACCCCACCUACAAGGAGACGUUCCUGUUCCAGGUGGCGCUCUUCCAGCUGUCCGAGGUGUCUCUGGUGCUGACGGUGUUCUGCCGCCGGAGCAGCAUGAGGCCCAGGGAGAGGCUGGGCUGGGUCUCCCUGGGCCUCAACAGCACCGGCGAGGAGCAGCAGGCCCACUGGACAGAGAUGAAAGAGGCGGAGGGACAGCAGGUCUGCCACUGGCACACGCUCACCGACACAUAAGAGGGAGAUUUAUGUAGACUGACAUUAACAACAUUCCCUGGAGAGUCAGUUUUUUUGGGGGGGAGGGGGGGAGCAGGAAGCACCUU